UCCCUCCUCCCUGCGGGCGAGGGCGGAGGAGAGGAGGGGGUGUCCCGGUAGUCAUGACAGAUCCAAAGGCAAAGGAUCCUCGGACUCCCCACGUGGCGGAUGGUGCACCUUCCCCCUCCCCGGUUGAAUCCCCCCUUUUGGGUCAUUCGGACCCUGACCCUUUCAGAUCGGUCCAGACCUCGGAAACCUCGCCGGUGGUCACGGCGCUCCCCAUAUCCUUGGACGGAUUGCUCUUCACUAGAAGCAGCGACGAAGAGGAGUCUCCAGACGGAAAGGGCGAAGGCGAGCAGGCGCUACCCGAGGUGGACGGCGCAUAUCCCGUAGCAGGAUCAAGUGGGAGAGGCGGAGGAGGAAUAAGAAGCAGCGCCCGACCCCCAGAUAAGGACAGCGGGCUGCUGGACAGUGUCCUGGACACGCUGCUGGCGCCCCCGGGUCCAGGACACGGUCACGCCAGCCCCCCCGCCUGCGUCGUCACCCCCUGGUGCCUCUUUGGCACCGAGAUCCCUGAAGACCCUGGGGCCGCCCCCUCAUCCCAGGGGGCGCUGCUGCCGCUCAUGAACCGGCUGCUGGGCAAAGAGGGAGAAGUCUCAGGUGCUACAGCCACGCACAAGGUCCCGCCGCGGGGGGCGCCCCCAUCUCGGCCGCUGCUGGCGACCAGUCCCCAGUGGCCGGAGGCCGCCGCUAAGCCGCCGCUGCCUCCGCGGGACGAAGAUGGGGCGGAGAGCUCGGUGGGGAACCUUCCCAAGGGCAGGUCCAGGGCCUUAGCAGGCGGCGGAGUUGGGACGACGGUGGCUACGGCCCCGGCUCUCCCGCCCGCGGGAAGCGUCCCCCCAGUGACAAGGGACGAUCCCCGCUUCUCCGCUCCCAGAGCCGGCCCCGCGGCCGAGCAGGAGCAGUCUACGGCCCCAGGGCGCUCCCCGCUGGCCACCUCCUUGAUGGAAGUCAUCCACCUGCCCAUCUUGCCGAUCAACCCAGCCUUCCUGGCGGCCCGCACCAGGCACCUGCUGGAGGUGGAGGGCUACGAAGGAGGCGCCGGAGCCUUCGCGCAGCCCCGGGACUCGCCGGCUUCCUCGUCCACCCCUGGAGCGGGUGGUGACUUCCCCGACUGCGCCUUCCAGCCAGACGCUGAUCCUAAGGAAGAUGCAUACCCGCUGUAUGGCGACUUCCAGCCGCCGGCACUGAAGAUCAAGGAGGAGGAGGAAGGUGGGGACAGCGCAGCCCGCUCCCCACGCUCUUACCCGGUGCCUGGACCCAACCCGGCCGUCGGGCCAGACCACGCGCUGGGACCCCAGCUGCCUCCGCCCCCGCCGCCGCCCCCGCCGCGGGCGCCCUUGUCAAGACCCGGGGACUUGUCGGCAGCUCCGGCCAGCGCCCCAGCCAGCGCCUCCUCCUCCUCCUCGUCCUCGUCGUCCUCGUCGUCCUCCUCUUCCUCUUCCUCAUCCGCAGCCGCCGCAGCCUCACUCUCCACCCUCGAGUGCAUCCUUUACAAAGCUGAGUCGGCGCCGCCUCAGCCCGGCCCCUUCGGGCCCCUUCACUGCAAAGGGCCGAGCGGGGCCGGCUGCCUCCUGUCGCGGGACAGCCUGCCCUCCACCUCGGCCUCGGCCGCCGCCGGCGCCGCCUCAGCCCUCUACCAGCCACUCGGGCUGAACGGGCUCCCGCAGCUGGGCUACCAGGCGGCUGUUCUGAAGGAGGGUUUGCCGCAGGUCUACCCUCCCUAUCUGAACUAUCUGAGGCCAGAUACAGAAGCCAGCCAGAGUCCUCAAUAUGGCUUUGAAUCAUUACCUCAGAAGAUUUGUUUAAUCUGUGGGGAUGAAGCUUCUGGUUGUCACUAUGGAGUCCUCACCUGUGGAAGCUGUAAGGUCUUCUUUAAAAGAGCAAUGGAAGGACAGCAUAAUUAUUUAUGUGCUGGGAGAAAUGACUGCAUUGUUGAUAAAAUUCGUAGAAAAAACUGUCCAGCGUGUCGUCUAAGAAAAUGUUGUCAGGCUGGCAUGGUCCUUGGAGGUCGAAAAUUUAAAAAGUUCAAUAAAGUCAGAGUUAUGAGAGCAUUAGAUGCUGUUGCUCUCCCACAGCCAGUUGGCCUUCCAAAUGAAAACCAGGCUCUAACACAGAGAAUCACCUUUUCACCAAAUCCAGAAGUUCAGUUGAUUCCCCCACUGAUCAACCUGUUACUGAGCAUUGAGCCAGAUGUUAUCUAUGCAGGAUAUGACAACACAAAACCUGAAACAUCCAGUUCUUUGCUGACCAGUCUAAAUCAACUAGCUGAGAGGCAACUCCUUUCUGUAGUCAAGUGGUCUAAAUCACUGCCAGGAUUCCGUAACUUACAUAUUGAUGAUCAGAUAACCCUCAUCCAAUAUUCCUGGAUGAGUCUAAUGGUGUUUGGACUGGGGUGGAGAUCAUAUAAGCAUGUCAAUGGUCAAAUGUUGUAUUUUGCACCUGAUCUGAUACUUAAUGAACAGCGAAUGAAAGAAUCAUCGUUCUAUUCCUUAUGCCUUACCAUGUGGCAGAUCCCACAGGAGUUUGUCAAGCUUCAAGUUACUCAAGAAGAAUUCCUCUGUAUGAAAGUAUUAUUGCUUCUUAAUACAAUUCCAUUGGAAGGGCUGAGAAGUCAGAACCAGUUUGAUGAGAUGAGAUCAAGUUACAUUAGAGAACUCAUCAAAGCCAUUGGUUUGAGGCAGAAAGGAGUUGUGGCUAGCUCACAGCGUUUCUACCAGCUUACAAGAUUUAUGGAUUCCCUGCAUGAUCUUGUGAAACAGCUCCAUCUCUACUGCUUGAACACAUUUAUCCAGUCCCGAGCACUGAGUGUUGAAUUUCCAGAAAUGAUGUCUGAAGUUAUUGCUGCACAGUUACCCAAAAUCCUUGCAGGAAUGGUGAAACCUCUUCUCUUUCAUAAAAAGUGAAUGUUGAUUUUUUUUCUUCUUAAAAAAUGGAUUACAUUUUGUGGAAUUUCUGUUUUGGUCAAGAUUUUGGUGUCUUAAAAUUUUUAAAUAUUCUCCUAAACGCCUUACACUUGUAAUAAAACAUGCAGAGUAAAUUUAAGAGAGAUAUUGUGGAACACAAAUGAGCUUCUUUAUAAAACAUAAUGAGCAUUUUGUAAGUGUUUUGUGUACUCAUAUUUUCUUUAAAAUUUUGCAAAAUUGGAGAAGUACUUAAUGAAUGUUAAACUGAAUUUAAUAUGCAUUUUAUUUCAUAGAAUUUAAAGAGAACUUUACCCCCAUUACAUCUAACAAACCAACUUAAAAAACAAAUGUACAGAAAAUAAAAUGUUCAUUGCACACUUUGCUUCUAUUUAGCUCUUUUUAAUUUCUCCUCCUUGCCUACUACUUGUGCAGAAACUGUUGUUUUAG